GCCUUGACCACCAUAUACCUUCGAAGAUGGAGUCGUCCCCUGCAAGUGUUCCCGGUGCUGAUCUACUACGUCGCAACAAAGGCUUUAUCUCCGCCGAGAAUGGUCAUUUUCUCUGCAGUGCCGGGUGUCCGAACAAGAAGCCAAUGCCACUGAGUAAGGCCUUGGAACACGAUGAGGCGAAGCGGCAUAUCGAGAACGUCCGCCGGAUGGCACGGCUCUUGCGGAUGGGCGAUAACAAUGCGGAAGCUGUGAGAGGCGACGAUUCUCAGUCACCUGCAAGCUCCCCGCCUCGCGUCGCUCAUCCCGUCUUUACCACGAUACCUCCUUUCGAAACGCUGCAAGGACCACAACUACCUCACGAUAACCCUCUGUCUAUCUACGAUGAUUAUGAUGGUGUAUGGCUGCCUUCCGCUGGCCCUCGCCAACCCGAAGAUGCUCACGACGUAGAAUCGCUCUUCGAGGGUAUGCCUGGCCUCCACGAAAUCUCGGAUUCGUCAGAUUCCGAGUCUGACAUAGACUCCGCGAGUGAAGGCGAGUCGGAAGCGGACGAAGAAGAGGCGGUGACGGAAGGGAAGUGGGGUCCGUCGUGGCGCGAGAGUCCGCGGACGCCUACUCCAGAGCAUCAUCGUGAAGCCCCGAGCACACCUCUGCCUCGACAGAUGCGUGGCGUCAGGCGUCCGCCGUCGCCUCCGUCAUCCUCGCCCGAUAUGCGGGCCACUCGUCCUGACCCGGCGGAUCUGUCCAGUGACGAAGAAGGUGCAAACACCGAGCGACACCGUUACGUGGAACCUCAGACUGCCGGGCAGUCACGCCUUUUCCACCCCGAGAAUUGGUGGCCUUGGGACGACAAGGAGGCUGCACUUGGUGCUCAGAUGAGCGGUUUUCCGCGCUCGGUAUUCUCGGAACAGGACAUGAAGACGGCGCUUUGGCUUGCGGAGCAGUGCGGCGCCCCAAUUUCGAUGACUUUGCGGCAGAUCAAGCUACGAAGGGACAAGAUUGUGAAGGACUUUGCGCCCGGUGUCGACGACUGUGAUGGCUCGCUUGGAAAUCCUUAUUCCAUGCUGAGCAUUGCAGAUAUCCUUGCUGAUGAAUGGGCCAAUCCACAUGUACGCCCCCAUGUGUCUGUGCUGAGCGAGGACGCAGGAGAGCGUCUUACCAGUGCAUGCAAUGCUGAUAAGUGGUACAAAGAUGUGGAUGCUGUUCUGUCUGGACCUAUGGUCUGCAGCAAAGAUGGGCAGCAUUACUACGUUCUCGAACCUGCUCUCAUGCAGCUAAGCCGUCCAUCGCCUGACUCAGUGCAGCCAGAGGUUGCCGAGGCUGUUGUUCUACCUGCACGGUGGUACACUCGAAACGGCGAUGUUUGGGCACGCGCUAAGCGCCUAGCAUGGGUCGCAGGCGAACCGUCUCUCCUUGUUGACGAGAGGGAGGACUGCGUAGAUAUUCCCCUGACUUCGUUCCUUGCCUCUUAUCCUCGCCUCAAGUCUACACAUCAUUUCUACGGGAUCCCCGACCCAAGUAUCAUCGGUGGCACGAUUCGCAGGUCGCCUGAUUCCGAGAAUUCUCAGCCAGUAUCCAUCGACCGGACUGCCGCUUUCCAAGCGCCCCAUCCGCUGCGCGUCAAGGCGCGCGGAAAACAGAUCUUCUCGGUCCCGAUCUGGGUCUACUGUGAUGAUACGUCAGGGAACACGUCCAAGAAAUGGAACAAACAUAAUUCAAUCCUUUUCACUAGAGAGCUUGAGCUACGCGGAAAUUCCCUCCCUACUCUCGCUGGACUUCCCCCUCGACUCGCGCACUUGCUGUACAAUAUACAUUUCCUGUCGACGUCUAAUCUCGCUGCACCGCUUGAGAUGUUUGAGCGCCUUGUAAAGUCUGUCCAGGAAAUUCGGGAACAGGGCGGCGUAGAGGCGUAUGAUUGUCACCUGAAGACUGUUGUUCUGCUGCUUCCGUGGGUUCUAGGCAUGGCUGGCGACAAUCCGAUGCAAAGCGAGUUUGCGUCGCACAUCGGGCUCACUGGCAAGUGCUUCUGUCGAGUCUGCAAUGUUCGAGGUGCAGAUAGCAAGGCACGGCCGGGUGGUGAUGAAGGGGAGCGCGAACGUGUCGCGGAGUUCAUGUUUGGGGAUAGCAAGCCGCUGAGGACGAAGGCAGAGACACUGGAUGUGCUUGGCGAGCAGUUGGCAGCGGUCUUAGAUGGCGCACCCACACGAGCGGGCACGAUUCAGACCGAGACUGGCGUGAAGGACAAGUUCUUCACCCAUUUCUUCGACCUUCUAGCAGAGGAGUGCGCGCGCGUCAAGGAUUCGCAUAAGGAUAGCUCGAAAACACCGCAGGAAAAGAGCGCCGAAGUCAUCGCGGCGAUCCGCGUGCUUCGUGACAGCUUGCCUGAGGAUAUAUUCAGUCCGUGUUUGCGCCUGGAAGAGUUCGAUCCCGCCGUCGACACGCCUGUCGAGAUCCUACAUGUAGUCCUCCUUGGCUUCGUCAAAUACUUUUGGCGCGAUGCGGUAUCGCGACUCACGCGCGAACAGAAGAGCAUUGUGCGAGCUCGGAUAGACAGCUUUGACCCCACUGGUCUGGGUAUCCCCCACCCACGCGGUCAGACUCUGGUUCAAUGGGCAGGAUCACUGACGGGCCGCGACUUUCGCGUAAUUUUGCAAAUGGCGCCCACAAUUCUUCAGGGCCUGCUACCCCCCGAAGUGUACGAAGCAUGGCUUGCGCUUGGGCGCCUCGCCCCUCUAGCUUUUCAGGCAAGCAUCAAGAACAAGAGCGAUUAUUUCCGCCUUCUUGAAGAGGCUGUAUACGAUUUUCUUGCCUGCAGCGCGCUCUGGACUACUCAGUGGUUCAACAAGCCCAAGUUCCACUCCUACAACUUUGUCAUUCGCCUGCGAAGCAUACACUCCCCAAGGCACGCUCCUAGCACCGAUAUCGCGCGAUCCUUUGCAAACAUGCAUAUGAUACGCCACUUCGCGAGUUCGGGCUUUGUGAAAGGCGCAGACGGAACUUGGAAGACUGCUGGCUCGGAGAUCACGAAACUCGUUGAUAAUCCCUUGUACGCCAAGCUUGUCGGACUCGCUGAUGUCUUGUAUCCUCAGGUUGCAGGUGCUGUUAGUAUCGACCGGAAACGGUCCCCAACAACGUGGUUCGAGACCUCAAGCGCGCGGUCCUUACCAUCACCUCCCUCUGAAAUUCAAAACCCCAUCUCGGACGCUAUCCGAUACUGCCGCAAAGUCGUGCUCGCUAAUAAGGAUGAGGCGAUCACAGGCGGGUUCGUUCUUUACCAAAGUUCGAUCAGCGUCCUCGCCCCUCGCAUCGGCAGAGUCUGUGAGAUCCUCGCCACCCCACAGCAGGUACUUGGGCUGCUUAUCCAGCCAUAUGUUGUUGGCCAGGAGAUUCUACCAUAUCGCAUGCCUCGCGUGUCGAUACAGACUCAGGACAGCCCAGAUGGAUCCAAUCCCAUUAUCGCAGCUGCAGAAUGGUGCGCCGUCGCGAACUGCCUCGCCUCCAUCCACACCUUCCACAACUGCGCUGCAAAUCGCUGCGAAGUUACACGCACACGCCUUACGAAGAAAGAGCGCCGGCUGAUGCAAGACAAAGUCGACAAAGUCCUUCACUCCCAAAACCCCGAUGACCGCGUACUGAAUCUGGCACAACUACGCAGCGCCGAAGCGCUGCAUGCCUUCCGCUCGGCUACCCGCUACCCCAGUGCGGCGAAAGCGCGAGACGAGCUUGUCCGAGAAGCUGUCGAGCAUAGGCAGCAAGUUGAUGCGGAAAAGGCUAAGAAAGCGGGCGAGAAGGGUAGUGUGGGAGGCAGCAAGGGGAAAAACAAGCGCUCAGCGCCUGCUCAGUCGGGAAAAUCGCGCAAUGCAAAGCGUGCGCGUACGAGUGCUGCCGCCGCCGCUUCUGCCAAUUCCCACCAGAUGCCCGACAACAUGCAGAUCGCGUCCCCAGCAGCAUCUCCCGCGUAUGCGAUCACAAAUUACGGCUAUUUACCCCCCAGCUCAAUGCUCCCACCUUCGCUUCCCUCCACACCCUCUCUUUCCAUGGUGGCGGCACGUCGCGCGGCGCAGAAUCUACCAGCACACCUUCAGUUCAACCACAGCUGUGAUGGUACAUCUGACGUGGGCGGGUACAGAUGGCCGGCACCUCCUGAUUACUAG